AUGAAGAGCCCCGAAGCCAAGCUGGAAAGGCUUCCUGGCGAGAUCCGCAACAGACUUUACAGCUACCUCUUUGACAUUCAGCGGGUUGAGAUCAGCCGCUACAUGGACGAGAACACCGGCCACAGCCAUCUCACCCACAAACUCCUCCCACCACGAAACCUCCAUACCCAGAACCCAACAAUGCUGCAAUACAACAAGAAAGGCAAGCUCCAAACUCAGUUGUGCAUCUCCUUUGUCUCAAAGCAGUUCUAUCAAGAAACACUCUGCCUGCUCUACGACUGCACCCAGUUUGUCUUCUCAAACACCAAGUGCGUUUACAAAUUCCUCAACAGAGUCCCCAGGCGCGCGCAGGCAGCCAUCAAACACAUUGAGCUGCAUCAUACGAUGUACAACGAGCCGACUUCGCUAGAGCACCGGGAAAUCAAGCUACGGAGCGACAAGAAUUGGUAUUCGUUGUGCGAGAAGAUAUCUCUGACCUUCAAGGCUCUGAGUGUCCUCCAUGUGGACAUGUGGGUUGUCUGCCCGUCAGCGGGCCUAGAGAUUGGGGAGCCGUGGUCCUUGCCGCUUCUUGCUUUAAGCAGAGUGGGAAAGGGAAAAUCCAAAGGGCUGCAAUUCGUGAAGAUCCAAUUGAGGAGCCCUCGGUUUGCAGAUGUGAAGCUGGAACAUGUGGCGAGACAGUUGGAGUGGGAGAUGAUGAGUCCGAUCGCCAGGCAGAUCCGUGAUGAUGAGAGGAUUGCCAGGGAGUUGGCUGGGCCAGUUAAAGCCGGUAAGGUAAUGACCUUGAAUUUCGACUAA